UCAACUGUUUUCUCUUUUUUUUUUCUACUGGACUGAGGUAUGCCUGUGGCAGAUAAUUGUUUCCCCCCCCCCUCUCUCUCUUACCGCAUUCAACAGUGUUUUCAAAGCAAGAGAGGAGGGGAGAGAGAAAAAAAGAGGGGCGAAAGUCAGCGCCAGGACUGGAACAGAGGAGGUUUUGGCGCACAGACGGAGACAUCAUCCGACCAACUAACAAGGAGAAAGAAGAGGAGGGGGGUUAAUUUAACGCACUGAAGUGAGGUAUCACGAUCCUAAUGUGAAAUCUCAUCAGUGUUUUCAUUUCUUUUUUUUUUUAAUUUUUGACGAUGCCGACUUGGAUUCUUUCACCACGGAGCUCUAAAAGAACCCGUUUUGGUGGCAUCUUUUUGCGCAUUUGGAGGGAAGAAAUCUAUAAAGACUGAUUUUUUGUUUUGUUUUGUAUUUACUGGAGAGAAAGAAGAAGAAAAAAACUCGCCCCUAUAUGCCUGUAUGUGGAUUGAUCCCCCCCUCCACCACCACCUCCUCCUGCUCCUCUCUUCUCAGCAUUCCCUCAGUCAGUAGACGGAUUUUUGCCAUUACAGCUCAGUAGAGGGUGUCAGAUCUUUCUUAGAGCAACCGCGCUAGGAUGAACACAGUCUCCGCGUUCCCCUUUUUGUGAUUCCCGAAUUGCCACACGCACACUCCCGCACGGAGGGAAAGAAAAAAACUAAACAAAAAAAGAGAACGGGAAAUCGGCGCAAACGACCGAGGCGAGACGCCCGGAGGAUGUGAAAGAGCGGGGGUGAAAAAAGAGAGAGAGAGAGAGAGAGAGAUGCUGUGCAGCGGUGGGAUCGCCUGUACAGCUCCAGCGCAGGGUGUGAAUUCAGCACCGGGGGAGAGGGGACAGCUCCCGACGCCGCAGCACGCAGCACGACUGGGGCAGAAAAAGCCACGGAUUUGUUAAUUGUAUUCUCCCUACCCCUCUCCUCCUCCACCUCUUUCUUCUUCUUGCCAAGGUCAGUGCUAAACGAACUGAAAAAAAGCCAGUGAAAAAUAGGAAAGAAGACGAGAAGAUGCGCAGGACUCUACUGCCACUCGCUGUUUUUGAUUUUUAUCAUAAACACGCGGAGGCUGUGCGGAUUCAGUCGAUGUGAAAGAGACGUUUAUGGGUUUUUUGGGACUCCUGGACGCAAGAGCAGGUUAGAUGCAGCAUGGAUGUGUUAUAAAAGACUGCCUUAUCUUCUCCCUAAAUGUCUCCCCCCCCUUUUUUUGUUUUUUUCUUUUUUUUUUCUUCUUCUUCCCCUCUCCUGACUGAUGCAGACUGAAUUCACAGCUCGUAUGUCUUGAAACCCGGGAAUGAAUCGUCCACGUUAAAAAAAUGCUGCUUUGGAUUGUUCUGCUGAAUGCGGCUCUUUGUGUUGCUAGUGGAAAUGUUACAAGGGACGUUUGUAAGGAGCAGAUAUGCUCUUGCAACGAGGUAGAGGGAGAUCUGCACAUAGACUGCGAAAAAAGGAGCUUCACCACUCUGCAGCAUUUGACUGGCCCCAGCUCGCAGUUCUACCACUUGCUCCUGCACGGAAAUUCGCUAUCCAGGCUAUUUCCCAACGAGUUCGCCAACUUUUACAAUGCAGUGAGCUUGCAUUUAGAAAACAAUGGCUUGCACGACAUUGUCCCCGGCGCCUUUCUGGGCUUGCAGCUGGUGAAAAGGCUGCACAUCAAUAACAAUAAGAUCCGAUCAUUCAGGAAGAGUACAUUUCUGGGGUUAGACGACUUGGAAUAUCUGCAAGCUGAUUUCAAUCUACUGAGGGAUAUUGAUCCCGCCGUUUUCAGGGACCUAAAUAAACUUGAAGUGUUAAUACUUAACGACAACCUCAUCAGUGCGCUACCUAUAAACGUGUUUCAACAUGUGCCCAUUACGCAUCUCGACCUGCGGGGAAACCGAAUCAAAACGUUGCCUUAUGAAGGGAUCCUUGAGCAAAUACCGGGCAUUGCAGAGGUUUUGUUGGAGGACAACCCGUGGGACUGUAACUGCGACCUGGUUUCUCUGAAGGAAUGGCUGGAGAACAUACCGCAUAACGCGCUCAUUGGGAGGGUGAUAUGUGAGGCUCCCACCAGGCUGCAGGGGAGCGAUCUGAACGAGACGUCAGAAGCGGAUCUGUGCCCUUCACAGAGCGGCGGUGUGGACACCAGCCUGGUCGCCCCUCCCACCCAGGAGGAGACCUCGGAGCUCCACGGCCCUCGUCCCACGCCUUACAAGCCCCGUGGAGACGCCGGCGGGCCCCCGACGCCCGGCGGCCACAAGAGCCACUCCAAAUCUCGUGAGAACUGGCAGCUGAAAACCAAGCCCACUCCGGUGGUGACCGGUGUGAACGGGGACAGAGAGUGUUGUCUGCCGCACAACGUGACGUGCCCCCAGCCGUGCAACUGCAAGCUUGUCGGCUCCAGACAGGGGCUGGGGGUCAACUGCGAGGGCAAAAAGAUCGAGAGCCUGUCUAACCUCAAGCCCAAGCCCCUGGCGGCGCACGAACUGAACAUGCGAGACAACAACAUCCACGCAGUGAAAAAGAACCAGCUGCUCGGCUACUCCAGCCUCAACCUGCUCGAUCUGGGCGGGAACAACAUCAAGGUGAUUGACAACAGCACGUUUCAAAACCAGAGCGAGCUCAGGUGGCUGUACAUGGAUAAGAACUACCUGGAUACGCUGAUAGCAGAGAUGUUCGUGGGCCUCGUGAAUCUGGAAUAUCUCAGUUUGGAAUACAACGACAUCCAGCUGAUAGUGGCAGGUGCGUUCAGCCCCAUGCCCAACCUGAGGGUUCUGUUCCUCAACAACAACCUGCUGAAAUCUUUACCUGUGGAUGCUUUCCUUGGGAUUUCUUUAUCCAAAAUCAGCCUGCAUAACAAUUAUUUCCCCUAUCUCCCCGUGACUGGCGUCUUAGACCAGCUCAACUCAAUCAUACAGAUCGAUUUGCACGGGAACCCGUGGGAUUGCUCGUGCAACAUCGUGCCCUUCAAGCAGUGGACGGAGAAACUCGGGGCCGACGUGAUCGUGAGCGAUCUCAAGUGUGAGUCCCCGGAAGAGUUCUGGAAACGCGAUUUCCGAUAUGUGCGGAACGACCUCAUGUGUCCCAAACUGUAUGACAGAGUCCCCCCCACGCCUCUCUCCAAAAACAGCACUUUCACUGUGGACUCGGGGACGCGCUCGAACUCCUACUUGGAGCCGAACCGGGUCUCCAUCUCGGUGCUCGUCCCCGGGCUGCUGCUGGUGUUUGUCACGUCCGCGUUCACCGUGGUAGGAAUGCUUGUGUUUAUUUUGCGGAAUCGCAAGAGGUCAAAGCGGAGGGAUGGGAACUCCUCCGCCUCGGAGAUCAAUUCCUUGCAGACAGUGUGUGACUCGUCUUAUUGGCACAGCGGCCCUUAUCACGCAGAUGGGGGCGCGCAUCGGGGCUUCGACUGCAGCACGCACCUCUCCACGACAAACGAUGCGUAAAAACGAACCAGGGGGAGACUCUGCUCUGUAGUCUAGUAGAACAAAGCCUCUACCAGACUGGAUUACAAACAGUCACACAAAGACAGACUUGACGUACACAUGACAACAACAACAGAAAAAAAACUGCAAGAGUCUUUGGUUCGAACUUGUUUAGGUCUUGCUUUGAACCAAGUCUGCUGCUGCACAGGCCCCACUCUGUAAUAUAUGUAUAUGCCAAGGCCCCCUGGCGAAAACCCCUCCUUCCCCUUCCUCCCUCCCUCCCUCCCGUCCUUCCUCCCGAUUUGCCGCAAUCGGACUACGGAUCUGUAUGAGACAGAAAAGAGGGAGAGGAGGGGAAAAAAGGAGAGGAUGGAGAGGGGGAGAUGAGAGGGCGUGUGUGUGUGAGAGAGAGCGAGAUAGAGAAAAAGCGAGGACCCCGGAGGAAUGGUGCACGAACGCAUGAAUGUAAAUGUAAAUACUCGGACCGAUGUAUCAUAAUCUGCAUGAUGAUAUUUCGCAUGGUUUCAACACACACAGGACGGCGAGGAACCAUAACCACCAUAACCAACAAAGAAGCAAACUCGACCCUUUUCAUGUUAUAUCAAUAUGACGACUAUAUAUAGAUAUUAAGAAUUAUAUAUGACUAUUACAAAAGUGCCAUUUCUCUAUUUUUUGUGAACCUGCAGUUAGGAUUUGUAUUUGUUGUUUUCGAACAUGUUUGGAGAAAAGAGACACACAACACACAUGAGAAGAAAAAAAUAAUCAAUAAUGAUGACUAUCGAAGAGGAAGUGAUGGAAGUGAAGCUGUCAGUGCAUGUUCUUUUUUCUGUUUGUUAUCAUUUGAUUGUCGAUAAAUAUUGGGGUUAUUUAUACCGUAUUAGAUGGUGCAGAUUAAAUCCACGUCUGCGCAAGUCAUCAUCUCCUUUAUGAAUGUAAAACUGUGUUAUUUUAUGGUGUGCCAAUUGUUGACUUUCAGAUAUUCAGACAUGCAGAUGAGCAUGACCAAUUAACGUCACUCAGAUGCUUAUGCUGCAAAGUUAAUGUAGCUAAAAUAACAGUUCCGUGGUUUUUUGUGUGUCAAUGAAUAUAGCCUGCUUUGGGUGAGAGGAAGACUUAAAAAAAAAAGAAAAAAGAAUAAAAAAAAUAAGUCAUUUAAAUGGGGGGUUUAUACCAUCAUAUUUUUUCAACAAACUGAGCAAAGAAGCGUUUUCAAUUGAGCUAUGUAUAAUUCGAUCUAUGUAAAACAGGUAGAAAUGAUCUAGAGUAGAAUGCUUUUUUUAAAUGUCAGAAAAAAGAAGUAUUCCUCCACGUAAAAAAGCUUAUGGCUAUGAUUCACUUUCAUCAUAUUGUGAGCUUUUGUAAAGCCAUCUAAUCUUGUCCAAAUAAGACAACUGAAAUUCACUGUAUUUACUACAAAAUGUGCUUGAAAUAGGCUGUGUUGGGGGAGGGGGGUCUUGCUGUUCUUUUUUUUUUCUUAAACAAACUGGGCCACAUUACAGCAGCAUGUGGCUGGUUCAUAGUGCAACAGGAGGUAACAGAGAGAGAAAGGGCACAGUAUCUACAUACAAUUAGAUAAUGCAAGAUGCCUUUUUUUGUUUUCUUUUCAAAUCAGCAUUUUGAACUUGAGAUACUCUUCUUGAGGGGAAGUUGGGGGGUUGCAUCGUUUUUGUGGGCUCAUGAAAACAAUGCCAUGACUGAAUAGCUGUUUUGCAGGAGGAUGAACAGGAUUGGGGGGGGGGGGGGGGGGGGGGUCUGCUGCUUUAGCCUAUAACUGCUUUAACUGGAUUUAGGUGGAGAAAAAUGAAUUAAAAGCUACUUGAUUCCAGUAUUCCAGAAUCGAUCAAACUCUGUAGUGUCUGAAACAAAUGUGAGGAAUGUGCAAUUUCUUUCCAUAUUUUGUUUGUAUUAUUUUCAUGUUGAAUUAUGAUGUAAAAUUCCAGUGCAAUUGAUUUUCUUUGAAAAAAUCCCCCUACUCCAAGAUGCCUGAUUUAGAUUCUGCAUAAUUGGGGUGGAGAAAAAAAAACCCAACAACCUGAUAUGCCAUGGCCAAGAUGAGAGUGUACAGAGUUGAUGUAAGAUGGAUGGGCUUACACCCCCUAACUCCCCCAUCACCCUCCUCCCCUGUCUCACCCCCUCCCCCUCUCUCUCUCACACACACACACACUUGCUAGUAGGCCUACAGUAUCCCCCAGUAUGCUGGCUAGCGCUGUCCAUGGUGCUGAAUCAUCUACCCUCCCUCUGCUCUAUCCUUUUUUUAAAAAAAAAAAAUUGCCUGUGCUUUCGUUUGCACAGACAUGCAACCCUUUUUACACGAGUGCAUGACAACAUGAGCGAGAGAGUUAAAAGUUGCGUGACCAUUACCCCCCCCCCCCCCCCCCCACACACACACACACACACACACACACACACACACACACUCACACUGGGCCCAAAUAACUCCACUGUGGGGACUAACAUCUCAGCAGAUCUGUGACAGACACUCAUUAUCAUCACCACCACCACCCUGCAUUUAUCCAGUCACCUUGCUCCCCCCUUCCACCUCACCCACCCACCAGCUUCCUCUCUCCCUCUCUCUCCAUUGUCCCCUGCUUUCCGGUCCAGUCGUACCCAGAGAGGGGGAGGAGUAGGGGGGUGGAGGAUCGGGGUAACUCUGUGUGUCUCUUCUGUGGAGUAUUAACUGUGCCACAGCCCACUGAUGAUUUGUCAUAAUUUUCAAACGCUGUGUUUCAAAGUUACAUUUAUAUGCUUUGCGAUAUUUGACCUGCUUCUAUUUUGUUAAAUAAAGUGUGGUUGAGGUUGAGUAAAAAAAAAAAAAAAAAAAAAAGGUUUGGUUUUAAGAAUGUUUCAUUGCAUUUGACUGAGUUGGUGUAAUGAGACAUGUGACAGGCUUUAUUCAUCAUCCGUUCAUGUCGUGUGUUUUUUUUUUCUUCUUUUUUUAUAUCCUAAAGGAUUUACAGAUGCUUAGAUGAUGCUGUUUGGUGUUAAAUAUGAAAAAAUGGAAAACAAUAAUAAGAUAUGUUCUUUUGCUAUCAUUUUCAGAUCAUAUUAGCAGGAUUCCAUAGAGAGAAAAUGGCACAUUUCUGUCUCUUGCUGCAGCUCUGACUGAAUUAUUACUAUUAUACAACCAGAUUUUCUCUGUGGGGUAAACCCAAAACUUAAAAUGGCUGGUGUCUGGGAAAAAAACAAACAAUUAAGAGGUGUAUGAAUCCAAAACUCAUUACUCAUCCACAUGUUUUGUUUUUGUUUUGUAACAGAACAUUGCUACUGCCUUGAUACUCCCGAGUUUACUUCAGCUACUAUCAUCUGCAUUGUAAAUAUAUGGACUCCUGUUCUGUUUAAUGGAAAGUGCAAAUGCAAUACACUGUGGAGCAGAGUGCUAUACUGUAUGUAAUAAUGGAUAAUAGAUCUUCAAAACAUU